AUGCCUUACUAUGAGCUGAUCGCGGCUUUAUCGCCCGAAGCUGCCACUGAGGUUCGCGACGUGAUCCUUACGCCUACUUCUACGAAUCCGUUCGACGUACUUAAAGCUACAUUCACCGAGCGAGUGUCCCUUUCCAAGCGUCGAAAGAUCCAACAACUCUUACACACUGAAGAGUUAGGGGACCGAAAACCAUCGCAACUGCUCCGACGCUUACAACAAUUACAUGGUACAUCCGACAAAGAGCUUUUACGUGAGCUUUUUCUACAGCGCCUGCCUUCGAAUGUCCAGAUUAGUCUGUUAUCACAUCCAGACAAACCGUCGGCUGACUUAGCAUUGAUGGCUGAUGGAAUGAUAGAGCUAACCGAUGCUCGCCCAUCCAUUGCCCAGAUUGAAACACCCGAGUCAGCAGAAAUCUCGUCAAUCGGAUCUGAUGUCAAUAAAGUCCUCAAGCUUCUUGACACUGGAGCUCGGAAACCUCCUGCUGAUCCGAAGCUGGUCAAGGAAGGUCUCUGUUGGUAA